GUGCUGGAUCGCGCCGGCCACCCCGACGCGCGCGUGCGCCAGGCGGCCGCGGAGGCGGCGGGCAGCCUGUCGCGGUACGGCGGGGGAUCUCAGACGCCGCGUGCCCGCCGGCCCUGCUGGCACUGCUCCUGGACCCCGACCCCAUGGUCCGCGAG